AUGUCUCUAGGAGGGAUUGAAUUUCACACAGAGGAGUCACCUCAGGCUAUCCUUAAAUCGGCAGAUGGUUCACUAUCUUUGAAAACUAACAAAGGAACAGUUGAAGGUUUUUCUCAUAUUAUGUUUGCAACAGGCCACAAGCCUAAUACGAAGAAUUUGGGGUUGGAGAAGGUAGGGGUAAAAAUGGCAAAGAAUGGAGCGAUAGAGAUAGUGUUGUUGAGUUCUCCCCGUACAUCAGUUCCAUCCAUUUGGGCUGUUGGAGAUGUUACAGAUAGGGUGAAUUUAACUCCAGAUGCUUUAAUGGAGGGAGGGGCAUUGGUGAAAACUCUUUUUAGGAAUGAACCAACAAAACCGGAUCAUAGGCAUUAUACAUAUCCUGUGAUAAAUUGUAUAAUAGCCUUAAGCAUGUGGAAAAAUCUCUGA